CAUGAAAGGAGAAAGAAAAGAAAAAUAAAACUGAAAUGGCAGAUAAGAUGGAAAAGCGAUUGCACGUGACGCCAAUCUGACAGCGCUGCCAUUGUCAGUUGUGUGUCUUUGUCUUUGCUCUCUCUUUUCUCACCUCUCAGUCUCUCUCUCUCUCUCUAUUUCUCUCUCUCUCUCUCUCUCUCUCUCUCUCUCUCUGUCUGUCUCACGCUUCAAUGCUCCUGUGUCACUUUGUCCGUCUUGUAAACGGUUGCUUGGCCUAUUUAGAUAAUCACCUCCGAUAGGGUUAUGGUUGUGGCUGUGUGACUGUGUGAGGAGAGAAGAAAGAGAGAGAGAGAGGAGAGAGAGAGAGAUGAGAAUAAAAGAUACAGUAUGUCAUGUGAAGAAAAGAAAAAAUAUGGGCAGUGUUUAGAGUUUUGGGCACUCUGAUGUCUGUCAUGAUAUCCUUCUUCUCUUAAAUACGGUUCUACUAUGUAUCUCCAACAGGUCCUCAGAGUAGCCCCGUAGGAGAGCUGUCCGUUCUGCUCUGCUCUCUCUUGCUUUAUUUUCCUCUCACACACACACACAUUCACACACACACAUACACACUUUCAUUUUCUCUGUGACUUCCUUUUUGUGUGCCGAUGGGUGACCAGUCAGCGUUCGAGAACCCUCUGGCCGAGAGCCACCCCAUGCAGGCCUUCAUUUCCCGAGUCCUGCCCCAUCCUCCUCCGAGGUUGUCCCGAGACCCCUUCGGCCACUGCUCCCCCCUCGCCAUGGGAGGGGGCGGCCACUUCAUGGAGGGGGCGGAAGGGGUGGACGGCGAGGCCGGAGAGGGCUACCCCGUCAGCGGCCUGGAACAGCAGCAGGAGAGUCCCGUCGGCUGGGGCGGUCAGGCAUCUUCCUCCUCCUCCUCCUCCUCCUCCUCAGCAGCCGUGAUGCCCUCCGGACCCCGAGGCAGAAGCCAAAUUGAGGAGUACAGGGAGGACUGGGCCUACCAGACAGUGCUGGAUGGAUACAGAGGAGGAGGAGGAGGAGGAGGUGGUGAAGAAGGCGCAGGAGGAGGCAACCGACAAAAGCUGGACUCCUUCUCCGAGGCAUUCUUCCGACGUAGCUUAGAGCGGAAGUAUGCCGACGCGGCAGACGGCUUCUUCGGGAUGAAAGGGAUUCCAGAGGGUUCGGUUUCAGACUUCCCCCUACCGUCGUUGUCCAACUCCUUCGCCUUUCCCCACGUCCUCAGUCCACCCCCGACCCCCCUGCCGGCCGGCCCAGUCUCCUCCCCGCCGCGCCGGAUGCACCUCCCGCCCUCCUUCCAGGCCGAGGUUCUGCCCCCCGGCGCCCAGCACCAGCUGGACCUCUCCUGCUCUGGCCCCGUGCAGUUCUUCCCCACCCUGCAGCCCUUCUACCCCUCCAGCCAAUCGCCGACGCUCACGCCCAAGUUCCCGCUCCACCAUUGGCUGCAGCCGUCAGCUGAGGUGCCUAUGAGGGGCAGGGACCCAACCCCACCCAUUGGCCAGGGCAGAGACUCCCUUCUUUACCCCGAGGAGGAAUUCCAUCUGAAACAUCUGGACUCCGGCCAGCACAAUGACUAUGGAAGUGCAGAUUGCGGCCUGCAAACGCCCAUCAGCUCGCCGCUGUCCCAGUACCCACAGUCCUGCACGAAGCCCCAGCUCGGGCCAGACGCUGUGUCCUCUGCCAGCCACAUGACCUGGUCUACGGUGGUUCCAUGCUCUGUCCCCUCAUCGCUGUCCGUCUGCCUGACCUCACUGACCCCUCACCUACAGACCAAUGGCCACCGGGCAGGAGAGGAGGUCCGACCCUGCGUGAGCUCGCAGAUGUUGAUGAACCAGCCUGUGAGCCACACGCAUAUCCAGAAUGUGAGCCCCCAGGUCUACGCUGGAACUCCUUUCCAGAGCAUUCUACAGGCCACUAGGGAGGUGGACGUGUUGGACUGGGACGGGAUGACUGACGCCACGCUCCGCUACACGCCGCAGCCCAUGCUAAACCCCCACCGGCGUGGGACGGGCCUCUUCAGUAGCCUGGCGCCCCUCAGCACAGCAGUGGACAGGGAUCUGAGCACAGCCAGUGGAGAGAGAGCCUUACUUCACAGAGGAAUUAACAUCGGUCCAGAGUUCCAGGCGGAGCUGCCGAGUUUGUUAACACGGGACGCUGAAGAGGACGAGGAGGAGGAGGAGCUGGACACUGAUGAACCGCUCUCGGUGCAGUUACUAUGGAAACCAUCCAAGGAGCUGGAUAAUGACACCAUACUUCAGGAACAAGUGGAGCGGGUGCUGGAGCUCUGCAGUUCCGGAGCUGUACCAGGAGGGGGCACCAACGUGGAGCUCGCUCUCCACUGCCUGCACCACUGUCAGGGUGACAUAAUGACUGCCGUGGAGAUGCUGCUCUUCUCCCACCCGUUCCCGGCCGGUGACUACCAUUACUCAGGGAGCGAUGUCUGGCAUUUGAAUGAAAAGAGAUUGUUCUUCAAAGCCUACGCCAUGUAUGGCAAAGAGUUCUCUCUCAUCUCAAAAAUGGUGAAGACAAAGCGAGUUUCCCAGUGUGUGGAGUUCUACUACCUUUCCAAGCGGCUCCCGGACAAACAGAGACGGCAGAGGGAGCGGGAGAGGGAGCUAGAGCUGGAGCAGGAGGCUAGAGCUGCCUCAGUCAACAGAGUCCCUCUGGCGUCUAAGGCACUGGCAGGCCCAGCAGGUAUGGAUGGCGUGAUCCGAACCCCAUCGCUGGCUACCAGCUUCCCCUGCAAACAGUGUGGAAAAAUGUUCUAUAAGAUCAAAAGCAGGAACGCUCACAUGAAGAUCCAUCGGCAGCAGCAGCCGGAGACUUGGACUGACGGCAACGGCCCGUGCAAGAACCUCACGGUGACCCAGCAGGACCAGCAGGUUCUGGUUCAGCCUGCGCAGAACCACCAGCUCCUCCUGCAGAACCUGGUCCAGUCUCAGGCCUGUCUCACUUUCCUCCAGAACCCCAAAAACCACGCAAUCAACAUCAGUGCUCAGUCCUUAGCCAGCUUGAGCCCCAAUAUCGUCCCCAAGUCCUCCCCGCUACCCCUCUACCCAACCGGCCUCCCCUCGUGGGAGGGCUUCCAGGGGGUCUCUGACUCGGGCGCUCUGUACUAUGACCCGGAAGGGAAACCCAUGCUGGGAGCCAAAGGUCAAAUUCAAUGGCCAUAGCAGUCAGAUAGUGCAUGCGUUCAACUGUGAAAUUCCUGGACUCAUUCGCAGUUGUUGGGGAGUUGUGUAUAUAUUUUUGUGUAGAUAAUGUUUAUACAUUUUUAUAUUUUGAAUAAGCUUUAUUUUUUAAGAAUACUUAAGAUCAAUAAAUUGAUUUUUUGUUAGAUUUGUGGAUACUUUUUGAUUGAAAAUAAAGUUGAUUUCAGGUUCAAUAUUAGUUUAACCAAAGCCAUAGAAAGACAUGCACUUACUGUAUAAAAUAUUCACAGGAAUCUGUAGAGUAAAAAGUAACUAGACACAUACACACACACACACACACACACACACACACACACACACAGAGGGCUGCUGGUUGGACUCUUUUUCCCAGUGCUGUCAGAAAAUCAA